AUUAGGCAGCCAUACUUUCUUUGUACUGAUUAUUUGACUGCUGCUUAUCAAUUUGACGUCAUGUAAGAAAAUAACUAGUGUUAAAAUAUCUGAUAAGAAAGUAAUGUGUGAAAUAUAUAAUAUUUAGUGCAUGAAUGGAAUGAUUUAAUCUACAAUGAAUCGCAAAUUGUGAAAUAAUUUGAUUAUGCGGUAAUAAGCUAUGCAACCUAAGGAACGUGAUUUAAAAUUUUAAUGUAUGCAGGGAAAUGAUGGAGACAAAAUGUUGUGCAAAGUUGUGGUCGAUAUAGUGCUUGAGAUAUAAUGCUUGAGAUGGAUAGUUUUGCGCGUAAUUGUUGGUACGAGCACGUCUGUUUUAUUGUUUUCAAUUAUUUUUUUUAGUAGACUUGGUUGUCGCUCGUCUCUGUCGUCAGUUUCGAUGAAAAAGUGCUUCAGUUUGCGUUGAGCAGUUGUUGGGGGCGGAUGCAAGCGUAUGCCCUCACGACUUUGAAACACCGAUGAUUCAGGACAUACUGAAGACGGACCACAGUGAUAACAAAUGAACAUUUCUGACUUUGUAUUAGAAGAAAAAUACUCAAGGAAGAUGAAGGAAAGGAACUGCGAAUCGUCGCCGAAGUCUAGGAAACACGGUGAACCAAAGUCGAGCAGUUUCAAUACGAUCAAUGAGAAGGAGGUGGACGACAUCUCCUUAGAGCUAUUCUACAAGCCGCACACUAUCACGCUGCUGGCCAUCUCCAUCGGCGUCGUCAUCUACACGGCUUUCGUCAGGAGCACAGCAAAUGUGGAGAACAACAUCUGGGCUGGCAUGCUUUGCUGCGUGUUCUUCUUUGUGAUAGUGUCGGUACUGGCUUUCCCAAAUGGUCCAUUCACGAGGCCGCAUCCGUCGGUGUGGAGGAUCGUGUUCGGUUUGAGCGUACUCUACCUUCUAGGAAUGCUUUUCCUGCUCUUCCAGAACUACGAGACGGUGCGUUCGAUCCUUCUGUGGUUGGAUCCGAAUCUGGCCAAUUUCCAUAUAGACAUGGACAAGGAGUACGCGAUCAACUGCUCGGACAUUACGAUAGAGCGGGUGUGGAGUCACGUGGACGUCUUCGCCGUGGGUCACUAUUUGGGUUGGAUGUUCAAGGCGGUGCUUAUCCGACACAUGGGUAUCCUGUGGGCCGUGAGUGUGAUGUGGGAAAUCACGGAGGUGGCGUUUGCCCAUCUUCUGCCCAACUUUAAGGAGUGCUGGUGGGAUGCGCUUAUCCUCGACGUGCUCGUCUGCAACGGAUUCGGAAUUUGGUGCGGCUUGAAGAUCUGCAAAAUCCUGGAGAUGCGCGAGUACAAGUGGGUCGGCAUCAGAGAUAUCCAUUCGACGACCGGCAAAAUUAAACGCGCGAUGCUGCAGUUUACACCGGAGAGUUUCACCUCAGUGCGUUGGCUAGACCCAAAGUGCUCAUACAUGCGAAUCGUGGCGCUCUGUCAGCUGGUCAUCUUCUGGCAGACGAGCGAGCUGAACACUUUCUUCCUGAAGCACAUCUUUGAAAUGCCAGCCUCCCAUCCGUUCGUCACUGGCCGCCUGAUCCUGAUCGGCGUCAUCGUUGCGCCCUCCGUGCGUCAGUACUACAGUUACAUCACAGACACUUCAUGCACCCGAGUGGGCACCCAGUGCUGGGUGUACGGCUGCAUAAUGGUUGCAGAAGCUUUGCUCUGCAUUAAGCAUGGUCAGCAGCUGUUUGAGCAGACCCAAGCUAUGAACAUUGUUGUCUGGCUCCUCAUUCAGCUAAUCGUGACCGUUCUUUUUAUCGUCGGAUGCGUCGUCUGCAACAAGUAUUUCCGCAAAGGGGAAUACGCAUCGCGCGACAAUAGUCCCACGAAGCAUCAGAAGAAAUCCAAAAUCCAUUAGCAAAUAGCCGAUCAGCGAUUAAACCAAGAGAGAGAGAGAGUACAAAGUAUAAUUCAUUAUAAUCAUAAGGCUGCUCCCUGAAUACUGAAAACUUUUUGUAUUUCCUUUCGCCUCUCGAAUGGAGGAUGGUCGUUUUACUAUUUCAUGAUCAUCCCAUGCUAAUGAAACGAAGGGAGCUUUUUGUUUUCAGUGCCAUCCGACUACUAUUAUUACAUUUAGUUUACCAAUGUCAAAGUUGUUACCAUUUUUUUUUGUUUCUUCCAGAUGUUAAAUACUUUAAUGCAGAUAUAUAUGUAUUUAUAUAUAUAUAUUUGUGAACUUCUCGAGUGCCGUAUGUGCGUGUGUGUAUAUGUGUGUAUUAUGCGUGCUUGUGCUGGGAUAUGUCGAAAUGUGCGCCGAGUAAGUGUACCCUGUAAAUAAUAAGAAAAUACCGUAAAACAGACGAUUGUUGAAUACUUGUUAAUAAUUAUGUUUGAUUUUUUAACAAUAAACAAUUUCAUCUAA